AUGGCGGGCAUGCGCGGCUCUGGGGACGGGGCCGGGAUGGCCAACACGGACAUGCUGCAGCAGAUGCUGUUCGAAGAGGGGGACCCCAGCACUUGGAGGGAGAGCGAGUGGCAUUGGAACUCCUUGGACCUCGUUGCGGAGCCCAGGGUGGGGCAGCAGCCGGCCGCUUGCGAAGCCAUGAAGGGCGGAAGGAACUUGGUGGUGCAACCGGGGGCGGAAGCGAUGAACAGCGUGCCUCAGAUGCUGGAAACCAUGCCCCCAAGCAACACCUUCCAGAGAGGCGUGGACGCGAGCGCCUGCAACUUCACCUCCAGGGCGCCCAGCUUCCCUCACACAGUUUUCCCUCCAGGGACGCAUUCUCAGCCAAGCAGACAAGAACUGAAUCCCCAGUUUGCUCGCACUGGGUCCGGGCUUGCUCUACCAAGGGUGUCUUCCUCGCAUGUUGAGACAGCAAUGCACACCCCGCAGAUCUCAGGCAGGGAUUAUGAAAUGCCAAUGGACAUUUCAGAUUCUGAUAAUUUGUCUCGACUUUCCCAAAUGGGGAAUGCGGGAUUGGCGGGUGGCAGUGUGGCAUCCAUGAAUACCCAUUCCUUCCCAUGCAUGGGGCCAUUGCCAACUUCAGCAAGUGCACAUCGACCGACACAACCAGGCGUUGUUUUUGCCUCCCCAUGUGCAAACGGAGGGACUGGAAACGAACCUUGUAGCAUGGAAGAGACGAAGGUCGUUGAAAGUAGUGGAAGCCCUCGGACAGACCUGACCCCAACAUCAAUACCUGCAGACGUUCCAGUAUUGGCCUCAGACACCAGCAACCUGCAGCUCGUGUGCCAAGUGUCAGGCUGUGGGAUGGACUUGGAGAAUCUCAAGGAAUACCACCAGAGGUACAGAAUAUGCGACAUCCACAUCAAGCUCCCCCGGGUCAUGAAGAAUGGUCGUCUGCAGCGCUUCUGUCAGCAGUGUGGCCGGUUCCACGACUUGGUAGCUUUUGAUGGCAACCGACGCUCCUGUCGAGACCAGCUGAACAAACACAACGCACGUCGACGCAAGCGUGCAAGCCAGAAGCUGAAGCCUGAAAUGGCAGAGGUGGAGAGUUUUGCUGAGGACGACUCAGAAGUGGGGCGUUUUCUGCAAGGUCUAUGCAAGAACCCAGGCCACCUGAGAGCCCUCAGGUUGCUCUUGGGGCUGCCGUUAAAUCCUGCGCUUCCGCCCCAGUGUCCGAUGCCAGCACCAUUCACCUCUCGGGCUCCCGGAGCACCUGGAAAAUGCUCGGAGUUAUGCCAGUGCGAUGUCGGGACUGCGGAUGUUGCCAUUGAAGACCAGUCUGAUGAAUGUGUGGAUGCACGUCCCUGUCCUUGUUCAAGCAGCAAUGCCAAAUCUUCCAGUGGCAAACCUCCCACCCCUGCUGACGUCCCUGUCAGCGCUGUGCAGCCCAGUCCUCAGUGCCCGUCCUCUGAAGAUGGCACCCCUUGUGACAUAACAACAUACAGCCUUGCACGCAAGAUGGUGAGUUGCAAGGAAGACUUCAGCGCAACGUUUGAGACAGAUGAAAGGCUGCAGCGGUUGUCACUGAAGCUCUUCAACAAGACCCCUUCCAGUUUGCCGGCAGGGUUGAAGGAGGAUAUCUUGUCAUGGCUGGGCUCUGCCCCAACUAUGAUGGAGGGCAUGAUUGCUCCUGGUGGGGGCUACGUCACUUGA